UGUAACCUAGCGACCGUGUGUAAAUACGUCAGGCUCGGAUAUCCCGCAAUGUUUUGGCUGUAGCGAUCCUGUAGUCUUUGAAGUAGCGAUAUCAUAGUCUUCGCCACUGUUUUGAAUACAGAAAAGUGACAGACAGAGACUAUUUUGAUGCAAUGACUUCCAGAGAGCAAAGAGAAUCCGUUCAGAACGGUUUUGGCUCUGGAGGCAGGAAGGCGAAUGUGGUACCGAUGGACACACUGGGGGAAGACGAAGAGGACUCUGGAGAGGAUGAACAGGAGGCAGCGGAGGAGAGAGCGCGACAGUUGGAGGAACAGAACAAGUUUGACGCCCUGUGUGACGGGAUCCUCAGUGCUGUGGCACUGCUCAAUAACUCUCUACAGGAGGUGAUUGACCUGAAGGAUGAACUAUUGGAACAUAACCUCCCACCUAAUGUACUGGUCAGACUGGCCAUCGUGUCUGGCAAAAUCUUCAGAAGUGCUACAGACUUGAACGUACCAGUCACAGAGUUAGUGCGACUUGUCAGAGUGUACUCUGAACCCUGGGAUGAGAAAAGCGAGGCGUUAAAGAAACUACAUGCUGACUAUGAAAGCAAGAAGAGACAACUGAACAUUGCCAUUAAAAGACUUCAACUAGUGGAUGCACAUUCCAAGCGCCUUGCUCGUGAGAAACGGAUCAUGAACUGGGAAAAACUCUUCGCCAAGCUAACGAGUUCAAAAGGCCAUGGUCGCAGAUGGAAAUUUCUGAUUGACUCAUUCAAAAAGAAGGCGCAGAUGGGUGCUGAACACCUAUUGGCCUAUGCUAGCAGUGUAGAGGAUGAGUUUGAAUCUGACGACGAUUUUACCCAACCUGACCACCCCCAGUUUGCUGUAGUGAGCCCUUCCACCGAGGGACCAGAGAAAGCAACAUCACCAUCAGAUUUUGAGAGCGAGCCUGAACCAGAGUCCGAGCCAGAGAGCGGUAGUGAGAACGACUUACCACCGGGCGACAGCGAACUGGAAUCAGAAACUGGGAGUGAAGGACAACAGCUUUCAAAGAGAGCUGCAUCCGGUAGCUCGAAACAAUCCACAACUUCUCAAGAGGGAGGCACGAGUGAUGGCAGCGAAGACAACACGGACAAAAGCUCGGAUUCUGACUCAGACUCAGACAGCGACAGUGAAAAGGAAGGGAAAAGUAAGAAAAAAUCAGCAAAAAAGGGGCAAACCGACAAAAAGAAAGCCCCGAUCAAAGGAGUGUUGAAGAAAAAAGGGACAGUCCGGAAGAGGAGAGGGUCCCGGGUGAGAUUUGGAGGAGCGAGCACAGUCGAGGCACCAGAGCUCGUGGUAAAACCUCCUUCAGAAGACCGGUCAGUCUGGACACAUGAACCAGAGUACGACAGAUUUCUAAAUGUUAGAGUAUACAAGCCUGUUGGAAUGCAAGAUACUGAACUCACCUGUGUGUUGACCAUGGGUGACCAGGUGUUUAAGACAGGUGUGUUGGACACACCACCCACUCCACCUGAACCCAAACCUCAGACACCUGAAAAACCCAAGAAAGGCAGCCUGAUAGGCAAGGGAGGUGUUAAGAGAAGAAAGUCUGUGACUGUCAAGGAGCCUCAUGAAGAAACGCCCAAGGAGGAUGACAGGUUUGAAGAGUUUGUGUUCAGUGUGCCUGACAAACUGGCGGAAAUGCAGGGGUUAAAGGUCGCGGUGAACUCACAGGAUGAGAUGGCAGCUGUCGCAACUAUAGAGGCAGAGGAUCUGACUAGUUUGGAGCUGCCUGUGAAAUCCUUACCAGAAGAAAAUGCAGAAGAGUUUGAUGCCAAUUUGAAGACUAAAGACCCCACCAUGUUUCCCCUUUACGCCACAAAUAGUUCCAAACACGGUAUCUAUGGUAACCUACCGCUCAAACUGUACUGGACACAGCAAGAGCGCCCGCGAACCUUCGAGAGGGAAACGGAAACAUUGACUUUAAUGGAGCUGAUCAAGGAAGUUACAGGUGUUGAUCUAACACAGCACUCCAAAGAAGAGAUAGUGGCCAUGUUGGACAGGGAGUAUGAGGAUAGAGCAACGUCAGCCAUGUCUUUUGAAGAAGAGAAAGAGGACAUGGUUCCCAAGGCAGAGCUGGAAAGCCUUAUGGAACAGCACAAUGCACAACUCAUGCAAAUCCAAGAUGAAUACGAGAAACGUCUGAACGAGCUUGCAGAGAAUCUAGAAGAGAUGCAGGAGAGAGCUCCACCCCCGCUAGCAAACAUGGAACAUGCCAUGGUGCAGUACUCUCCCCAGGGCACCCCCGUCCACCCGCGGUCUCCCGUCAGUCGGGCGCAGACCCGUGAUAUAACGAGGUCGCCAAACAUCCCACAGGUUCCACAGACAUCCAGACAGUCCAGCGCAGAAAAGGUCCCCAAACCUCCGUCAGCAACUGCGUAUGACGGGAUGUACCAGCCCCAGCCACCACCACAUACAGCACCUAGGGCAAAAAGGAAAACACUACAAGCACCACAACCCAAUGCCAAUUUGCCUAAAGAUUUCCUGGAGAGGCUGAAGUUCCAGACUGCGGAGAGUAUUCGCCGUCAGGCCGAGCUGUACGACAAGACAAGACGAAUGGUCGAAGAGAAGUACCUCCGACAGAUGGAGGGUCAACACAGGAUGACCAACCCCGAACCACUGGACCAACAACUGGAGGACGUCUGUCUACCUGCAGUCUUCAUGCCUACCAAGACUGGACACAUCUACAACCCUAGGGCUUACCAGUACUUCCAUCCAAAUGGUUUGUCAGGAGAGAUCGCCAGAUUGACCCAGCCUCCCUCAGUGUUCCAGCUUCCACCACUGGCCAACAGACAUCGACUUUCAGUCAUGAACCUUUUCGACUUGAGCCAGAACUUCCAGUCGAAGGGAUCCGAUUGGCUGUCCAACAUCCCGGCGUACAGGAGCACCAGUCAGACUCCGUUCCCCAUGACCCCGGCGCCGACUGUGGAGGGUCCGUCACAACCCGCCAGCGCUAGUACAAUGAUGAGGAGCCACCCCAUGCCACAUACACACUGAGGUUUUUUUUUAACAACACCUCCAGUGUGGAGCCAAAAAUCUGUACAUUUUGUUUUGCCCAUGACACCAGUGCCGACUGUAGAGGGUCUCUCCCAGCCUGCCAG